UAUUGCUCACUCGCUUUCUCGCGAAUGAAUCCUCGAUUGUGAUGUCGGGACAAAUGACUGCAAUGGUCAUUAGUAACUCAGAUUGCCCAUGAGCCAAAACGGUGAAAUGUAGGCGGUAAUAGUGGAAAUGCUAAUCUCCAAUGUAGUGCGCCACUGGCCUUGUGCUAUUGAGCCGUAACACACCUCGCAAAGAUGACCGCAAGCCAUAAGGGCGCAGGUCCGCAUGGCGGGACGCGGAAAAAGUCGCAACUGUCGUUUGUAAUCCGCGAACCGCAGGAGCGCGAACAUCGAUCAGGCAUCAACUCGUUACAAUUCGACCCUCAUUUAGGACUGCUAUACUCAGCCGGUCGGGAUUCCAUCAUUCGAGUUUGGAACGUCGGCCAACGAGAGCCAACGUAUGGACAAUCAAUGGAACACCAUACUGACUGGGUGAAUGACAUUGUGCUUUGUUGUGGUGGACGUUACCUUAUCUCCGCCAGCGCAGAUACAACGGUGAAAGUUUGGAAUGCUCACAAGGGCUCGUGUUUAUCGACGCUUCGAACACACAAAGAUUACGUCAAAGCAUUGGCCUACGCACAGGACAAAGAGCGGGUCGCAUCCGCUGGACUCGACAAAGUGAUUUAUUUAUGGGAUGCCAACACGUUAACUGCUCUAAGCGCAUCGAACAACACAGUGACAACCUCGUCGCUUACCGAUAAUAAGGAUUCAAUCUAUUCGGUAGCGAUGAAUCCGUCAGGGACGGUGAUCGUUAGUGGAUCUACCGAGCGCGUGAUCCGCGUCUGGGAUCCGCGUACGACGCAGAAAAUGCCAAAGCUUCGCGGCCACGCGGACAAUGUUCGUGCCCUUGUGCUCAACCACGACGGAUCGCGAUGUCUAUCAGCGAGCUCGGAUGGCACCGUGAAAUUGUGGAGUCUUGGCCAACAGCGAUGCAUAGAAACGAUUAGCUGCCACCAAGAAGGCGUCUGGGCAUUACAAGUAGAUUCAAAUUUUAGUAAAGUUUAUUCAGGCGGCCGUGACAAGAAGGUUUACGUAACACAUCUAUCAAGUCCAGAAAUCAGUGAUGUUGUUUGCGUGGAACACGCCCCUAUUCUGAGAAUGCACCUAACAAAUGACGGCCAUCUGUGGGUAGCAACGACGGACUCGAGCUUGCGCAAAUGGUCUUUAGCAGAUGAAAAAAUCGGCACGGCAGCCAGUACGCUUGAUCGAAGUGAGAAAAAACCGGUAGCAACGAUCAAAGGAAGUGCCAGUAUCCGACAGUAUAAGGUACUCAACGAUAAACGCCAUAUACUUACCAAAGAUACAAAUGAUUGUGUAGCUAUCUACGAUAUACUACGAGGCCACAGGGAGAACUUGGGCAAGAUUGACUUUGACGCCGAAGUUAAAAAACAAUUCCGAAUGAUUUAUGUUCCAAAUUGGUUUACUGUUGAUCUGAAAACUGGCAUGUUGUGUAUACAUCUUGAAGACCCGGAUUGCUUCUCGGCGUGGGUGGCCGCCCGAGAAAUUGGGCUGACUCCACCUGAAGGUCAAGACCCUAAGGUUAACAUGGGAUGUCUUGUGCUCCAGUCGCUGUUGGACUAUUGGCCGAUAAAAGACGAAGAGCAGAAUAUUUCGAUCGACUGGCCGGAAAUCGGUUUACCGAAGCAUACACCGUUGGUCAUUACUGAUCUUUCCGAGGGUCGCACCUUGUUACGCAUGCUGGUGGGCGAUGCAUGCCGGGAUGCGGAGCAACAGCUUCUUCACGACUGUUUACCACCCUGGGUCACCGAUGUAGUCGUACAAAAGAAUACCCCACUGCUUAACAAAAUCCCGUUUUUUCUACUGCCACACUCAUCGUCGGGUGUCAAGCCACUGAGGCGCGAGCGGCUAUCGGCUAACGACAUGCUCCAGGUGAAAAAGGUCAUUGAGCACGUGUAUGAAAAGGUGAUCGGAGGUCAGGGCGGCGAAGGCAGUGGAGGUGGUGGCACCACAAGCGCUGGUGGCCCAAGGGAGGGUAGCGGGACUGGAGAGCCGUCUCCUCCGACAGCCCCCGGCCAAUGCCAGGUCGAACUUCUCUGUCUCGAUCAGGUUCUCGAGCCCAAUAUGGAUCUGAGAACUGUGAAACACUUCAUGUGGAAAAGCGCCGGUGAUCUCGUAUUACAUUUUCGGCCAGUCAAGUGAUCAUCAAAGCAGUAAUAACAUUCAGAAUUUUAACCCGGGAGUAGUUCGAAUAAUGACACCAACCAAUGAAGGUGGUCACAGCAACAAGCAAACAUAGCUGCAAAGAUAGCUUAGUAAACAUAGCAGACAAUAUCCAAGAAAACAAAUUGUAGAUAAACAGAUUAUAAAUGAACAAACAGAUGAUAAUCUACGAAAGUGUGACAAAAGCUUUCAAACACAUUAACGUAGCAUCUAUAUAGGAUAGUAGCAGUAAUAGGUCCAGCAUCAGCACGGCAAUAUUCCAACUUCGAACAUGGGUUAAACUUUUUCAUGAAGAAACACACAGCCGCACAAACUAAUUCAAAAGAAAAACAAAUAUUACACGGGUUUGGCGAGUACCGGAAAAAGAACAAAAAAAAAAUCAACGACUUUAAAGUUCCUCUUAAGCACAUAAAUCCUUCUAGAAGCUACGGAUGUUAUUUAUGUUUCAAAAUUUAAGUACAAAGUAAUGCGUGUAUUAGAAAACAUAGUGCACAAAAUAAUGCCAGUAGAUCGAUAGUUGUUAUUAUCAUCCUUGCGGUUGUUUGUCCAGCAAUUGCUAGGGGAUGCAACGUUGGUUCCUUGACGCGUAGUGUUCUGCACGACGUCAUACCAUGAUUGAAACGCUACCUUUCUUGUAGUUUCGCCUACACACAUAAGCGGUCUACAAGAACCGCCCGCUUUUGUUGCACACAAAACCUGUAUGGAACGCAGAGGGCUCAGACGCUUCUUACGUGUCUAGAUCAGUCGGACAAAACUGCCGAAUGCGCGUUUUGUCACAUGCCAUGCGUCAUUUAGUUGUUGACAAAUGUUGACAAAAAUGCUGACGAAUGCUUAUAUAAGGUGACGACAUUGUAUAAAAAUCAUAAUUAAGUUAAAUAUAAUUAAGAGUUAAGAUGGAGCAAAAAAGAUAUAUAUAGAUAUAUAUAUAUAUAUAUAUAUAUGUAUAUAUAUAUAUAUAAGCGUGAAUAAAAUAGCAAGGAAAAGAGAGUGGGGGCAGCUUUCGUACAAAAAAAGUGAUGUCUUUUUCAUCUUCAAUAAAGCUAGUUCAUAAGAUUCAAUAACUUAUAUUUAUCAGGAGCAAUCUUGUCUAUUGGCUCAUUCAGAUUCUUUGACCCAGUAAGAAAGUAUAACUAUCGCAUCUAUAUUUAUUAUUAUUUGCCUAAUUUCAGUUAUAAAAAAAGCGCUAAGUGUGCUAAGCAGUUCAUCAUGCGAUUGCUUCACAGUCGUCAUUCUGCAUGAUCAUCUUCUAACGAAACCUAAUAUAAUUAUAAUUAUACAAUAUACUAUACUGUACCAUUAAGCGUGAGCGUUCUCAGUGACUUUGUGUGCACAGCGUCUAUCGCAGCGUAAUUUAAUAACAUACAAAGUAGAUGCUGAUAGACUUAUCAAGUAAACUCGUCAAUUCUGUACAUUUGCGAACUUAAAAGGGAUAUUUUAUUUAACGCGUCAGGUUGAUGAGUAUUUAAGUCAGCAGCGAAACUGUAGCAUUAAUAUAGUAACCCACACGUACAUGUUGAAACUCUGGAGGAGCUAAUAGGCUCAUUCUUAAACUUUGAAACCUUUAUAGAGGAGGGUAGUCGUUUUAGAGCAUUUAGCUUCGAAAACUAUCAACGUUUCUAUAAUAUAUUGACAUUAUGGUGCUCGACCGCAACACGACCAGACACCAGCUGGAUUAACAUGAGUCUUUACUUGUUAAGAUACAAUUGAGUAUUAUCAAAUUUAAGUGCUCGAUAGAUAGACAAAUACAGUCAUUCAGCGAAAUUUUCUUUUAAUUAACAUGUGUCUUUCAAAUGAUUCUUGAUGACCUGGAUAUGGGCUUCUGUAAAUAAGGGUCAAAGAGCGGAACACGGACUCCUGACGCAAGAUAGUGUAAUUUCUUUCUCCUAUUUAAUCAUAGGCAUAUUAUUAACGGUAUAUUUGGUAAAUAACAAUGCAAAAUGUCAAUUUAC